AUGCUUGCUAUACGGAGCCAAAAUGGUAACAAAUCAGACUUUCAAUUGCCAAACCAUCAGGCUGAGGUGGAUUCCAUUGAUGCUCUGGAAGAGUACAGAGGAAAAUGUGAGCCAGUCUUCCUGUUUUACACAGGAGGCCAGUUAGUUGCUGUUGUACGAGGAGCAAACGCACCCUUGCUGCAGAAAACCAUCCUGGAGCAGCUGGCGGCAGAAAAGAAGAUCGACGACAAAGAGUUUGACAUCCCUCAGGUGGACACCCCCCCGACGCUGGAGAGCAUCCUGAACGAGACUGAUGAUGAAGAGGAGUCUUUCAUUCUGGAGGAUCCCUUUCUGUUGAACAUUGACAACACGGAUACACACUCCUACGACACAUCUUCCGUAGCGAGCUCUGACAGCGGGGACCGCACGCACCUGAAAAGAAAGAAAAAACUCCCAGAUUCUCUCUCUCUCCAUGGAUCAGUUAUUCGGCUCUCACUGCUGAAAGGAAUUUCUGCCCAGAUAGUGUCUGCAGCAGACAAAGUGGAUGCUGGCUUGCCUACUGCAAUAGCAGCAUCAAAUCUGAUAGCAGUGGGGACUUCCCAUGGAUUAGCACUGAUUUUUGGAAAAGAUCAAAACCAGGCUCUCCGGCUCUGCCUGGGCAGCACUGCCAUUGGGGCUCAGUACGGAGCUAUCUCUGCUCUCAGCAUCAACAAUGACUGCUCGAGGCUCCUGUGUGGCUUUGCAAAAGGACAGAUCACAAUGUGGGAUCUGGCCAGUGGGAAGCUGCUACGAUCUAUAACAGAUGCUCAUCCCCCUGGAACAGCUAUUUUGCACAUCAAGUUUACAGAUGACCCGACACUUGCGAUUUGCAAUGACAGCGGGGGCUCUGUGUUUGAACUGUCAUUUAAGAGGGUCAUGGGAGUGAGGACAUGUGAAUCUCGAUGUCUCUUCAGUGGCUCAAAGGGAGAAGUUUGCUGUAUUGAACCUUUACAUGCAAAAGUUGAGCUGAGAGACCAUCCUAUUACCCAGUACUCGCUGUUGGCCAUGGCCUCCCUAACAAAGAUACUUGUCAUUGGCUUGAAGCCGUCUCUGAAAGUGUGGAUGACUUUCCCCUAUGGUCGUAUGGACCCUUCUAGUGUCCCUCUCCUGGCGUGGCACUUUGUGGCCGUGCAGAACUCUGUGAACCCCAUGCUUGCCUUUUGUCGAGGAGACGUUGUUCAUUUUCUUCUGGUGAAGAGAGAUGACAGUGGUGCUAUACACGUCACCAAGCAGAAGCAGCUUCACCUACACUAUGACCUCAUCAAUUUUACUUGGAUAAACUCCCGGACAGCCAUUCUUCUGGACAGUGUGGAGAAGCUCCACGUGAUAGAUCGCCAGACACAAGAGGAGCUGGAGACUAUAGAGAUCUCAGAAGUUCAGCUCGUCUACAACAGCAGCCACUUCAAGUCUCUGGCAACGGGGGGCAACGUCAGCGAAGCACUGGCAUUGGUUGGAGAGAAGGCUUGUUACCAGUCCAUCAGCAGUUGUGGGGGCCAGAUCUUUUACCUGGGAACUAAGUCUGUUCACGUCAUGACAUUGAGGAGCUGGAGAGAGAGAGUUGACCACCUUCUGAAACAAGAGCGUCUCACGGAUGCCUUGGCCCUAGCUUGGUCUUUUUAUGAAGGUAAAGCAAAGGCUGUAGUAGGUUUGACUGGAGACACAAGCAAGCGGAAAGCAGUCAUUGCAGACAGAAUGGUUGAAAUCCUUCUCCAUUAUGCUGAUCGGACUUUGAAGAAAUGUCCUGACCAAGGAAAAAUCCAGGUUAUGGAGCAACAUUUUCAGGACAUGGUGCCUGUCAUAGUUGAUUACUGUCUCUUACUCCAGCGCACGGAUCUAUUAUUUAACCAGAUAUAUGAUAAGAUGAGUGAGAAUUCUGUAGCAAAAGGCAUCUUUCUGGAGUGCUUGGAGCCCUACAUCUUAAGUGAUAAGCUGAUGGGAAUCACAGCUCAAGUGAUGAAAGACUUGCUCCUUCAUUUUCAAGACAAGAAUAGACUGGAAAAUAUGGAAGCCUGCAUUGUCCAUAUGGACAUCACCAGCUUAGACAUACAGCAGGUAGUUCUUCUGUGCUGGGAAAACCAUCUCUACGAUGCCAUGAUCUACGUGUACAACAGUGGGAUGAACGACUUCAUUAGUCCCAUGGAGAAACUGUUCAAAGUCAUUGCUCCUCCGCUGAAUGCUGGCAAGUCUCUCUCAGAUGAGCAGGUGGUCAUGGGCAACAAGCUGCUUGUGUAUAUAAGCUGCUGCCUCGCAGGCCGUGCGUACCCUCUGGGGGAUAUUCCUGAAGAUCUGGUACCUUUGGUUAAAAAUCAGGUCUUUGAAUUUCUCAUCCGGCUGCAUUCCGCGGAGGGGUCUGUGGAUGAAGAGGUCUAUCCUUACGUUCGCACCUUGCUGCACUUCGACACUCGGGAAUUCCUUAAUGUUCUUGCUCUGACUUUUGAAGAUUUCAAGAAUGACAAGCAAGCUGUGGAGUAUCAACAGAGAAUUGUGGACAUACUUCUGAAAGUCAUGGUAGAGAAUUCUGACUUCACCCCAUCGCAGGUUGGGUGUCUCUUUACCUUCCUUGCCCGUCAGCUCGCCAAGCCCAACAACACGUUGUUUGUGAACAGGACCCUUUUUGACCAGGUCCUUGAGUUCCUGUGCAGUCCUGAUGAUGACUCCCGCCAUUCCGAGAGGCAACAGGUCCUUUUAGAAUUGCUUCAGGCAGGAGGGAUCGUGCAGUUCGAAGAGAACCGCCUUAUCCAAAUGGCAGAGAAGGCUGAAUUCUAUCAGAUUUGUGAGUUCAUGUACGAACGAGAGCUUCGCUAUGACAAAAUCAUUGACUGUUACCUGCGUGAUCCAGUGAGAAAGGAAGAAGUUUUCAACUACAUCCACAACAUCCUCUCCAUGCCUGGGUACAGUACUGAAGAGAAGCAGUCCGUGUGGCAGAAGGCUUUGGACCAUAUGGAGGAGCUGCUGUUGCUGAGCCCCUGUAAAGCAGCCGACCUGGUGGCCAUUCACUUCAGCGAGCAGAUUGAGCAAAUCAUUGCCAACCUUCAGGACCAGUUUUUACUCUUCCAGUUUCUGAGGAGUCUCCUUGACCCAAGAGAAGGCAUCAAUCAGGACCUGAUACGUUUACCACCCUACGUCACUGAGCAGUUCAUUGAGCUGCUGUGUCGCUACAGGCCAGAGCAGGUUUUGGAGACACUGAAAGUUCUGGAAUACUGCAGGCUGGAAGAAGCCAUCCAGAUAACACAGAAACAUCAGCUCCAUGAAGCGUCCUCAUAUCUACUGGAGAAGAAGGGGGAUAUCCAUGGUGCCUUUCUGGUUAUGCUUGAGCAAUUGCAGAGCAAGUUGCUGAUGCUUACGAAAGCCGAUGAAAGUAAGAGUUCCACUGAGCUACUAGAAAAUAUUGAAGAUACUUUAAUGAAAACAAUUGCUCUUUGCCAGAGGAAUUCACACAGUUUAGACCAGCAGCAGCGAGAGGCCCUCUGGUUUCCCUUGCUGGAGGCAAUGAUGUCUCCACAGAAAUUGGCUGGUUCUUCACAGAAUCGAUACUCUGAGUCUUUGAAGAGUCUGACAAUGCAAGUGCUGAACAACAUGGCUGCAUUUAUAGCCCUUCCUUCAAUCCUGCAGAGAAUCCUACAGGAUCCUGUUUAUGGAAAAGGGAAACUUGGAGAAAUUCAAGGACUUGUUCUGGGCAUGCUGGACACCUUUAACUACGAACAAACCCUUUUAGAGACAACUACGAAUCUUUUAAACCACGAUCUCCACUGGUCCCUGUGUAACCUAAGAGCUUCUGUCACUAGAGGGCUUACCCCAAAGCAGGAUUACUGCUGCAUUUGUCUCCAGCAGUACAAGAGAAGGCAAGAAACUGCUGAUGAAAUCAUUGUUUUCAGCUGUGGCCACUUGUACCAUUCCCUGUGUCUGCUGAGUAAAGAGUGUGGGUUAAUAACUACAGGCAUGAUGAGAUGGAUGUGCUACAAGUGCAACUCAAGCAACAAGGGAGCAAAACUGAGUGAGAACUUCUCAGAGUUGAAGAAAGGAAGCGGAACAUCCUUGGCACAGGUAGGGUUUGUGCCAUGCUGGCACCGGUCAGCUCAGGAGCCUCAUGCUGGCCAAGUGCCUUCAGAGUCUCCGUUGGAUGCUCAGCAAAUCCAAGCUUUUGACCAACUCUGCCGACUCAACCGAGGAACCUCCAGAUUGGCUCUCCUGACCGAGCUGUCCCGCAGUCACGGCGGUGAGAAGCACGGGCUGCUCAGCGUUUCCCACGGGGACCCUGCGGCCAGCAGCGUCUUCCAGGACGAGACUUUCCAGCUGCACCUGGCUCCCCCUCCGCUCGCCGAAGACUAG